CUAAGGAGACGUACUAUAAUAUCUUCAACACAAAAAUGACUGUAAAAUUUCUUCAUGUUCUCGUUCUGCUUUUGGGAUGUUUUAAAUUUUCUUUUGAACUCAAAAAGGUGGAGCAGGAUUCUAUAGGUUCGGCGUUCCUGAUGACACCAGAUGUCUUCCUGACAGGGGAGUUGUUUGAUGACAAAGACCGCCAGGGGGCGUUGGUUUUGUUUCGGGGCGAGGAUGAAACACUUGGGACAAAGUUUAUCGUAUACCUGGAAUUUAUUUCACAUCAAGUUAUAAUACAUGUCAAAUCACGCGAUGGAAAAGAGGUUCAGAUAACGUUUCCAUGUCAACCCCAGCUGAAAGAAAAAGACAUUCGAAUCACUCUCCACUUUAAAGACCUUUUGAAAUCCCCAAACCAAAUCUUAAUGUAUAUCAACUGCAAAUUGGUAGGGAACGAGACGAGCUCAGUCCCCAUUAGGGAGGGGCUGGUAGGAUCCCAGAGACAGCAAAUAAAUCCCAGGUUCUGGUUUUAUGUUGGAAAAGACGUAAGACCUGUUCUACAGAAUCAGGGCUGUCCAGUGAUCUUCCCUACUCAGGAACCACCCUCGAGAAAUGCUCAUGAAACUAUUGUUCGAGUAGUUGUUCCACCCCGCCCAAAACCAGACCAACAUCUCGACAAAGAAAGAACAUCAUCUAAGGAUAGAUCGGACCAUGUUAAAACUCCCAGGGAACCUCUUCCGGAAAGUCGACACAGGUUAACACUUCCGGAUUCUAAAGCCAUACCCAUUGAUUCUGGAGAAGUUCAUCUAUUGUCAACGUCCUUAAGGACACUCACGUCCGCCGUAAGACAACUGCAACGACAGAUAACAAUCCAGGGUCAAGAGACACGUUACCUGCGAGAAGUCUUAAGUCGCUGUGAUAUGUGCAGAGGGCGCACUGGUCAACCCACAGAUACAUACAGUCGAGAGAGAAUUUUUACUUGCCAGGACAAGCCAUGCUUUGACAACGUGCCGUGUGAGGACACCUCACGUGGUUAUCGGUGUGGGAGGUGCCCAGCAAAUUUCAUAGGAGAUGGAAUCACAUGUGUCCCCAAAAUAACGUGUGAACAGGAGCCUUGUUAUGCAGGUGUCCCGUGUACGGAAACAGUGGAUGGAGUCAAGUGUGGACAGUGUCCAGCAGGAGUGAUUGGUGAUGAAUCACGGAACGGAUGUCAAGAAGGGCAAAUAACGUGCGAAUCCAGACCCUGUUUUCCUGGAGUCGCCUGCGUUGAAACCACGUACGGUUACGAGUGUGGAGAUUGUCCGAAUGGAAUGCAGGGGAAUGGGACUGCCGACGGAUGUGUUCGAUCCCCCGAGGGCUGUGAAAGCCUCCCAUGCUUUGAUGGAGUCCUUUGUAAUGAUAUCGAUGACGGAUAUCAGUGCGGCCCGUGUCCACCAGGCACGACGGGAAAUGGCACAAAGUCUGGAUGCCACCCCAUUGGUUGUGAUUCAAAUCCUUGUUUUGCGGGAGUGGAGUGUGUAGAUUCCCCGAACGGAUAUCAGUGCUCAUCGUGCCCUGAGGGAUAUAAAGGGAAUGGGACACAUUGUACGGACAUUGAUGAGUGUAGAGUUCAUAACCCUUGCAGUUUCCUGACGGAAUGUGUUAAUUUAAUCCCUGGAUAUAAGUGUACAAACUGCCCCAUUGGGUAUUCAGGAAGUGAGGUGUCUGGAGUCGGUAUCGAGGGCCUGAAGUCCGUACAACAGCUUUGUGAAGACGUUAACGAAUGUGAAGACGGAAAUAAUGGAGGCUGUGUGGAUUACUCUCACUGCACAAAUACGCCAGGAUCGUUUGUAUGUGGAGAGUGCUUUGAUGAUUAUACCGGUAACCAGACAGUGGGAUGUCGGGAGAUGAAGACAUUCUGUCCAGAUGGAGUGAAAGAGUGUCACAAACACGCAAUGUGUAUUAUGGGAACUUCUGGGUAUGACUGUCAGUGCAGAAUAGGAUAUGCUGGCAAUGGGGAAUACUGCGCCAAAGACAACGAUCUUGAUGGCAUGCCUAACAUAGGGCUUCGUUGUAAAGAAUACAGGUGCUCAAGAGAUAACUGCCGAGAUGUUCCAAAUAGUGGUCAGGAGGACGUUGACCUGGAUGGAAUCGGAGAUGCUUGCGAUGAAGACAUCGAUGGAGACGGAAUCGUUAAUAAUCCAGACAACUGUCCGUACGUAGCGAAUCCCGGUCAGGAAAACACAGACGAAGGAGAGAGAGACAAUCAAGGAGAUUCAUGUGAUAAUUGUCCUAGUGUGCCCAACACUGACCAAGUCGAUACAGACAAAGACGGCAUUGGCGACGCAUGUGACCCAGACAUUGAUAAUGACGGAAUUUUAAAUGAAAAUGACAAUUGUCCAAAAGUGGUUAAUCCUGACCAAGAUGACGGGGAUGAGGACGGCGUGGGGGAUCUUUGUGAUAACUGUCCCUUUCUAGCAAAUAAACUGCAGAACGAUUCUGACCAUGACUCUAUCGGCGACAUCUGCGACACGAACGAAGACGAAGACAGUGAUGGAAUACAAGACAAUUAUGACAACUGUGAGUUUGUUCCGAACGCUGAUCAGUUAGAUACAGACGAGGAUAAUAUCGGCAAUGUUUGUGAUGAAGAUGAUGACAAUGAUGGGAUAGAUGAUGAUGACGAUAACUGCCCUCUCGUAUCAAACCCUGACCAGACCGACACGGACGGUGAUGGAUUCGGUGACGCAUGCGUAGAUGAUACUGAUGGAGAUGGAUACGCUGAUGUGGAGGACGUUUGUCCAGAACAUAAAGAUAUCCAUUCCACCGACUUCCGAUCAUUCCAGACGAUUCUGUUAGAUCCAGUUGGUGAUUCUCAAAUAGACCCUGAGUGGCUUAUUCUAAACCAGGGAGCAGAAAUUGUUCAAACAAAGAACAGCGAUCCUGGUUUAGCUGUUAGUAAUACCACGUUUUCCGGCGUGGAUUUCAGCGGAACAUUCUUUGUUAAUACGGAGGUGGAUGAUGAUUAUGCUGGAUUUAUCUUCAGUUUCCAAGACAACUCUAAAUUUUACUGUAUCAUGUGGAAGAAGUCCGCACAAACAUAUUGGCAUCCUACUCCAUUUCGCGCAGUUGCAGAGCCCGGAAUUCAGCUGAAGCUUGUAAAUUCCAAAACCGGGCCUGGUGAAUACCUCAGAAAUGCUUUAUGGCACACAGGAGAUACAGCAGACGAAGUACAGCUUCUUUGGAAGGAUCCUAGAAAUACUGGAUGGAAGGAGAAGACGGCAUAUCGACUGGAGCUAAUUCAUAGACCAAACAUUGGUCUCAUCAGAAUUUUGUUGUUUGAAGAAACAAGCCUGAUGGCGGAUUCCGGAAACGUGUACGACGCCACCCUGCGUGGUGGAAAACUGGGCGUAUUUAGCUUUUCCCAGGAGGGGGUCAUAUGGUCCGAUCUGGUUUACAGGUGUAAUGAUUAUGUUCCGCGCGGCUUGUUGAGAGAGGGAGCCGAACCUUUAGAACCAGCGGAGGGAUUUCUUGAAGAUUCCGGGAUAUACCAAUUUGUCAAAAAGAGAUAAAGACUGAUGUAGAUUCCAUAUUAUGUCCAUCUGAAUGUGCAUCUUAAAUUAAGACAGAUCUUGGUUGUUUUAUUGCUUAUAACAAUACAAAUAUGUUGACGCAUUGUU